AUGGUUUGCCGAUGGUGCUGAGGGAUGCACCUUGUGCGUCUGUCGCAGGGGGCAGGCCGUAUUUCGUCUUUGACUCUUUGGGGACAGCCUUCAUUUGACACGUGUCGAGUAUCCGUUGAGGCCUGGGCACUUUUCCAUCCAAUCAUAUCGCUUGUGUUUCGAUGUCAUGCCAGCUGGCAAUCCCAGCUCUUGUGGGUGUGCCACGCGGUCCCGUCCAAAAAUGGUCGGAACAUCUUGCUACCGUCCGCGAAUCCCAGCUGGUGUGUAGUUACGUGCCGAAGUGGUCUCCUUUCCUGCUGAGCAGGCGGCCUUCUCGUUUGUUUUCCAACCCGCAACCUUAUCGGUCUUCGAGCCUGCAACCUUAUGAGGUUCGGAGGGUGAUCGAGUGUAAACACCAGCGUGCGGUAAAGGACCAGGUGGGAGCGGGGAGUAGUGGAGCUGCUGGCGAUGCAGUGGUGUGGACGGCGGACAGCCUUCUAGCGACGAGGGAGGGUUCAUCGCUGUCGGCGCCGCACAGAUUGCGCGACUUGCGCAGCUCAGCAUGGCCCAGAAGGAGGGGGUUGCUGUCAGCAUCCUCGUCGGGAGACGGGACCUGGACGGCUGGUGAGUGGAAGGGCGUGCGGGUGCGAGAGGGAGCAGUACAAGUUGGGACGGAAGUGCGAAGGAGGAGGAGGAAGGAGGAGAAGGAAAUAGGAAGACGAAGAGGAAGUGAGGUGGAAGAAAGUGGUGGCCCGAGGGUGGAAAGAAGAGGGAAGAUGGGGAGGAGGGAGGGAAGGGGCAAAGAGGGAGGAGGGGGGAGCUUAAGGACGGAGGAAACGUCGACAGCACAGAGCAAGAAGGCAGAGGGGGGAGGAGGUGCGGGCAGCGUGCACAGCACCUGCAGCUAUGUCCAGAUCCUUGGAACGGGCAUGGAUACUGGUGACACAUCACCGUCUGUGUUAUUGUUUUUUGAUCAGAGGCGCUUCCUGUUUAACUGUGGAGAGGGUCUUCAACGCUACUGCAUCGAGCACAAGAUCAAGCUAUCGAAGAUCGACCACCUGUUCUUCACUCGGGUCUGCAGCGAGACUGCUGGCGGGCUGCCGGGUCUCCUUCUGACGCUUUUCAACAUGGGUGAAGAUGGAUCUGUAAAGAUGAGCAUUUGGGGGCCUUCGGACCUCGAUCAUGUUGUGAAUGCAAUGCGCACAUUCGUCCCCUCGGGCAUCCUGGACCUGUCACUUCGCAAUUUUAUGGAGAACGAGGCCGCCCCCGAAGGGGAUGUUCCGAGUCAUCCGUUGGAUGGGAAAGAAAGACUGCUCGGUGAUAGCACCAUGGCGUCUGCACCUGCGACCGAGGAAAAGAAAAAGAAGGCGAAGAAGAAUAGUAGCAGCAGUCUGAACGAGGAAGGAAAGGCAGUAUAUGAGGAUGACCUGGUCAAGAUAACUGCAGUCUUGGUUCAGCCAAGGCCACAUGAGGAACAUGUGGCAGAGGAGACGAAGAGGAGAAGGAAAGGGCUUGCAGUGGGGGGGAACGGAGCCCAUGCUGCUGGCUCGCAAGGUGAGCUUGAGAGGGCGCAAUCCUCUCUCAGCCGGGAUGGUAUGAUGGGAGCAGGAGCAGCACGUGAACAUGGAAGCGCAGGUGCAAGGAGACCAUUCAGUCCCGACAAUGGUGCUAGUAGCCUGAUUCCUGGAACAGAGCCGUGGGACCUGGGGUUUGAGGACUCCCUCCCUGGCGAUGUCCCAACUGCAGUCCCAGGUGUUAGUAACGGCUUCUUCACUGCUGAAAGGGGGUUUGGAAAAGCGAUCCCAGAUAAAGAAGCCUCAUUUGCAGAGGAGGAUGCAGCAGAGGGGAAAAGGCGGAAGGUUUCCGACUCUUUCAAGAGGGAAACGGGUGUUGUUAGGGGAUGGGUGACCGAAACGAGGCAUGGCAGAGGAAACCAAGCCGGCGGCGAGACGCUGCCAGCACAAGGAGAGAGAGCAAAGCCAGAUGACGUGUCGGUGGUGUAUAUCUGCGAGUUACCGGAUGUGAGAGGGAAGUUCGACCCUCAGAAGGCAAUAGCAUUGGGCUUAAGGCCCGGACCUCUCUUUGGGAGGCUGCAGAGAGGAGAGAGCGUACAAAAUGCAGAUGGGAAAACUGUGCAUCCACGUCAAGUCUUGGGCCCAACGACGCCAGGGCCUAUAGUUAUUCUCGUUGACUGCCCAUCCGAGCGCCAUGUGGAGGCCCUCAUAUCGUCAAUGGCUUUCGGCAGGUUCUUCACGAAUGCCCCGAACUCGGCCUCGAGCUUGGCACAGGUUGAUGAGGAUUUGGCAGGUGAAGAGGGGGAACAGAGUAGGAAUGGAUCUGAUGCCGGUGGAGAAAAGGAAGGAAAUAAGCAAGUGGUUUGCAUUGUACAUUUUGGCCCCCCAAGUGUGGUUGGGCUUCCGCAGUAUUGCCAGUGGAUGAGCAGAUUUGGGAGUGCAACACAGCAUAUCAUGGCCGGCCAUGGAAGGUGGGGGGUUCGGGGUGGCCAGCCAGUGCUUAGGUCCAGUGCACAGAUCUGUGCACGGCUCAAUGUUCUCUGCCCAAGUGUCUUCCCUGUGGAAGGUUUGGAAGAUGGUGGCGGCGAUGAUGAUGAUGGUGAUGAUGAUGCUGUUGCACAGAUGCAAGGGACAGAUGUAGGCAACAUUGCAGAGGACAGGAAGAAGGAUGAUGAGGGGUCUGAGAUUGAAUCGUUGCAGCAAGGAAUGGGUCAUGUGGUUCGAGGAGAAAAUUUGAUGAAGUUCUGUUUACGACCGGUCUCAGGAAUGGGCAUUGACUGCUCAAUGGUCUCUAAAUCAUUCAGCAUGGCAGACGUGAGGGAACAGUUGUUUAAGGAAAUUCCUGAGGUGAAACAGGAGAUCGAACGUUUGAAGUCGCUGUGGAACAAAGGUCGCAAGUCUAAAAAAAAUGCAACGGUUGCAAACCAAGCGGCGCGGCAGGAAGCCAUGACAAAUUGUGAGACGAUGGCCGAAGACAAAGGUGGAGCUGUUACCAUGGAGUCCAGGGCGGGAGGUUUGUUGAGAGGACAAACUCAGGAAUCAGAAGGGGUCUGCCUUGACAGUGCUGGGGCUUCUGAUGGGCACAGAGGCAUUGGCAGUUGCUCGCCCACGGUGAUGGAGGUUCAUCCAGCCCCCAUCUCAAUUCCAGAAAUGGGUGGUACUUAUGGGUUGAGUGAGGAGGAUUCGGUGGAGGGCCUUGAUGGGCGAGGUCGGCAGGUUGGCAGCAGUGUCCAGAGGCUGGAAUUGAAAGAAGAAGAAGAAGAAGAAGAAGAAGAAGAAGAAGAAGAAGAAGAAGAAGAAGAAGAGCUGCCAAAGUGUCUACGGGGCAUUGGACGAGAAGAAUUGGAAGUGGUGUUUCUGGGAACAGGGUCUUCGCAGCCUUCGAAGUAUCGCAACGUGAGUGCGAUAUAUGUUCAUUUGUUUGGCCGGGGGGGAGUGUUGCUGGACUGCGGAGAGGGGACAUACGGUCAGCUAAAAAGAAGGUAUGGGGCGAAACAAACAGAUGAAAUUGUAGCAGGAAUCCACUGUGUUUGGAUUUCCCACAUUCAUGCCGAUCAUCAUGCGGGUUUGGCGCGCAUACUCUCUGUCAGGCGGGAGUUGCUGCGAGCUGAUCCGUCUUUUAAACCGGCGGUGGUGAUUGGACCGAAGCCGUUGCGGCACUUCCUGGACGAGUACUGCAGGCUUGAAGACCUCGGGAUGGUCUUUGUGGAUUGUAGCCAAACUACUGAUGAAGCAGACAAUGUGGCCUAUGAUGACGGGCUUCCAUUGCUAUCGUGCAGUAGGGGGCCCAGCGGGGAGUCAGCCAGCAAGCAAGCAAUGGACAGAAUCAAGAUGAGCACUGUGGAGGCACAGCAGGUGGAGCUAGUGGGACAGGGCGGACGAUCUGUCAGCCCGAAAGCCAGGAACAGGGAUAUCAAGCCGGGCGGAGAGGAGCGGAGAGGAGGGUGGUUGGUAAAUACAAGACCACGCAGCCCACAGACAAGUGGAGCGAGACCGCGUGGGAUGCGAAACUACUGGCUGGAGGGUGGGUUCAGUCUCCGCGACGGAUUGGAUGUCGAUGGAAGGGAAGCUGUCAGGGAAGUCGUCAACCGGCUAGGACUUAGUGAGAUUAAGAGCGUACCGGUUGUGCACUGUGCACAUGCAUUUGGGAUCGUAUUGAAGGGGUGGAGGACAGACGCCAUGGUGGGCGAGAAGAAACAGGGGGAAGAAGAAUGGAAAGUUGUUUACUCGGGCGACACACGCCCGUGCAAGUCACUGGUCAAUGCCAGCAAAGGAGCCACCGUUCUGAUCCACGAGGCCACAUUUGAUGACCGGAUGCCUGAAGAAGCCUACGCAAAGAAACACAGUUUGACAAAAGAGGCGAUCCAGACCGGCAUCGCAGCCGGAGCAUACCGAACAAUUUUGACCCAUUUCAGCCAGCGUUAUCCAAAAAUACCCGUCUUCGAUGAGAGCUACACAGAGCGCACCUGUAUUGCAUUCGACAUGAUGAGCGUUAACAUGGCAGAUAUUCCGUUGCUUCCCACACUGCUCCCAUCUCUGAAGCUCUUGUUCAGGGAUGAGAUGAUGAUGCUGGAUGAUGAAGUAGAACAGUCAUAGCUGAAGAACCUUAGACUGACUGCCUGCCUGUACUCUUAGCCCUUGAUUGCAUGCAGCCACUGUGGCUGCUGCUGCAGCUGCAGCUGCUAUUAGGGUUGCGACUGCUGAUCAUAUAUAGUCAAGAAGAAGGAAGGAAGAAGGAAACUGUAGAGUAAGAUGCGACAUGUUUUUAGUUCCGUUGGGCCUUCAUAGAAAGGAGUAGAGUUCCAUCGUCUGCAGCACAAAAAAAAGAAGGCUCGACUUAGUUGACUUCUUUAAAGUUCUUUUGGAUUUUCAUGAAUAUGGUAAAAGAGUCGUUCUUGGAUAUGUAACCAUGUCACACAAAACCCUAUUGUCAUUCUGCUUCUGAGGGAAUAAUGUCCCUGUCCACCCAAAAGACUGGUGUGAUCACCUCUUGCUUUCCCUCGAAUAGCUCUGGUCAGCCCAGCCG